AAAAAAAAUGAUCUUUUUGUUUUUUUUCACAGUUUGUUUUGUGAGAUUGAAUGGGAAAGGCUGUGUGAGGUGAGGUGUGUCAUCUAAUCUACAUAUGAGAGUUUUAAGUGUCAACCAUCUAACUCCAACGAAAGAAGCUUCCUACCAUACUUCCUACUGUUCAGCUCUCUUCGCUUUUUUCCUAUCCACCCAUCACUCGUAUUAAUUCAAAACACCCUCCAAUCCAACCCCAUCUCCAUCCCUCUUUCUCUUUUGUCUUCCAUUCUGCAACACACUCCCUCUGUUUCUUUCCCUACCCACACUACUCUACCAAACACUCUUUUCAACUUCUACCAGAUUGUUUGCCAAUGGAAUGUAAUUAUCAGUGUGGCCAAAGUGUUGUGAGCUUGAAGAGAAAGUCCCCAGAAGAUGAAAAUCGUGUACUCUUCAACACCUUUUCUCUGGAUGACCUUAACGAAGAUCUCUUUGAAAGGAUACUUUCAUGGCUUCCAACUUCCACAUUCUUUCGCCUAAGUUCUGUGUGCAAAAGAUGGAAAUCGGUUGCUGAUUCUGCCAGUUUCAAGCUUGCCUGCUCUCACAUUCCCUCGAGGGAUCCUUGGUUUUUAAUGGUUGCUCCCAACCUUAAUCAAUCUGUUAUCUUUGAUUCUGCUGAGAGCGCUUGGAAGAGACUAAACCACCCACCUCUUCUGCAAGAGGAAUCUAACCAACACUGCAUGCCGGUUGCAGCCUCUGGCGGCUUGAUUUGCCACCGGAAAUUAUCAGGAAAUUUCAUUGUGAGCAACCCCGUGACAGGAUCUUGUACAGAACUUCCCCCACUUCAUGCCCCGCAGCAUCAACCUCUCAGUGCCAUUGUGAUGAGCACAGCUUGCAAAGACCAACUCUCCUUCAAAAUUGUCUUAGUCUUUGGUGAACUUCCAAAUCUCUUGUUCAAAGUCUACGAUUCAAGAUCUGGCUGUUGGGAUGAUGAGAUUGCUUUGAGGAGAAAGACAGAAGACAGUUCAAUGGAACAUGACUCUACUGAUGACAAUGUUGUGUACUUCCUCAGCAAGGCUGGAAUUGUUGUGGCAAGCAACAUGCAGAGAAGCCCCUCUAAGCAAUAUUCAUCAGUUAUUACCAACAAAGAUGGCCAAGACAUAGUGUAUUUUCUUAGCUCCUCAGGGAAAGUGGUAGCAUGCAAUUUAACGUGCAAGUGCUUCUCUGAGUACCCCAGGUUGUUACCUGUUUUUAGUGAGUAUUCCAUUGAUGUUGUAGAGUGCAAUGGGGAGAUGCUAGUUGUUUUGUUAUCAGAAUUCUUGGAGACUGCAACUCUUAGAGUAUGGAAAUAUGAUGAGGCUAACAGAGGGUGGCACCAGAUCGCGGCAAUGCCUGCAGCAGAUUCUCAUGAGUGGUAUGGAAAGAAAGCAGACAUCAAUUGUGUUGGGGCUGGAAACCAAAUAUUGAUAUGCUUGAACUCCCCUGAUCUAUGCACUUAUAUUCUGUGUGAUUUGGAAACCAACAAGUGGAUUCAAUUGCCAAAAUGUUGCAUAAAUGGAGAACUCAUAGACUUUAUGUCUGCCUUUUCAUUCGAGCCUCGAAUAGAGGCUUCUGUAUGACUUCACUAUGAUAAUCACCGUUCCUUUUCUGAUCUCUUAGCA